CCUUGACAUCAGAAAGCGGUAACCCUGAUGGCGACGCCUGCUGAUAUUCUGUCAACCUUCAAAAAGGAUCUAGAAAAUCUUAAAGACAAUGAUAAGUACAAAAUCAAUGCACUGACCAUCUAUGCAAGAGAUAAUAAAGACAUUGUCGGGGUUGCUCAAAGUAUUGUCGAUAUUACUAUCAAGCAUGUUCAAAUGAUACCGGCAGGACUGAAGCUACUUGGUUUGUACGUAAUCGACUCGAUAGUUAAAAAUGUAGGCACACCCUACAGAAAGUUGUAUACUUUGGAUAUUGUUGAUGCUUUUGUGCAUUCCUUUCAAUCGAUACGCGAUGAGAAGGGGCGGCUGAAACUAUACAAUCUAAGAACUACGUGGAAAGACAUAUUUCCUAAUUCUAGGAUGUACGAACUUGAUAUUCGAGUGCGUGAGCAUGAUCCAGCUUGGCCUCUCUUAGCCAGCCCUCCUGAAGCAAAAGCUGCGUUUAGAUCCUUACCAAAUGUCCCAAAAAUACAAACUAAAGUGGAACCUGUAGUAGUCGAUGUUAAGCAAGAAGCGAAGGAGGCUUCGCUGACAACUAAGACCGUUAUCUCAGCUUCACGUGACCCGCGGCUCAAUAGAAAACGAAAGUCACCUCAAGAACCCCUUUCUUCUUCUGAUGAGUAUCUUAUCGACCGUUCAGGCGAUCAAAACAUGGAAUCAGUUGCUCGUAAACAAGGUAAACAGGCAGAUGCCAGUGAGUCGUCUAAGAAGGUCAUGUUGUUUGGGGGUGAGGACUGUGAUAUGCGUUCACAAAAUGCAGUACCCGCUUCUCCUGCUAGAUCAUCAGGUUGGUCAGAUUACAUUGGAAAGCACAGCGAAAUUUGCUCUCGACGUGAAGCCAAAGACAUAGAUAUGCGUUUUGCUCCGUCAGAUCCUCCACUUGCCUGCUCUCCUAGCUUUGGUGUCUCUGAGAAGGUAUCGAAACCACCAUUAGAUGUACUAGUCACUAACAAACUGAAUUCUGUACCAACGAUUCCUCCUGCACCGAGGUACGAUACGUCAGAUGAACGCCUUCCACCGACUGAAUUACAAUCUGGGAAAAUUUUUGGUAACUCCAAUCCAGAUACGAAAUUACGCCCCGAUGUUUUGAAAUCUGAAAACAUCCCACCCCGAUACUCCAAAUUGGAUAAUUUUGUCCCAAUGAAGGAACAUCAUCUGCCACCUCGCAUUACCGAUUUCGCCAGAGAUAGACCACAAUUACCUUCAUCUUUUCAGCCAACUACGGUCCCACCCAUUCGUGGGCCACCGAUUCGUGGUCCCGUGUGGAGUGUUGAGAUCAAUGGAUUUCCAGACAUGGUUAAUAUAGGUGUCGAUCCUCGAAUGCUAAGUCUUGUAACUCAUCCCAAGCCACCGAGACGAAUAACCAUUGAUGGUCAACAGUUUACACUAUUAUUAGAUAGAGUUCAACCAUUGAUAGCAAUAGGAGACCGCAUACAUGCUGUACGAUUCCGUUGUGAGUUUGCCACUAUUGUCAUUGAUGGUCGCUGUUUUAACAUUCCUGGCACAGGUUUUACCAGGGUUUCUAUUGGACCCAGAUUCUAUGUCGCAUACCUAGGUGGUCCUGGUCAUGAACUGGUUAUCGACGGCCGUCCACACACUGUCCCUACAACGUCUCAUCUAACCUUCAUAAAUGUUGGUCUUCAUUCAGUAGGCGUAAAAUUUGUUGGAAACGUGCCAAGAAAUGUCAAUGUCUUACCACCUAUCCCUCCCCGUCUACUCAAAUGGGCAGGUCAAGGUUUAUUUGGUUCACCUAAGAACCUGUUUAUGGCACCACUCAACCCGAUUAAGGAGCUCGCACGUCUCGUUGAACACGGAUACAAUUCAAGAAAUAAUUUUGUAAACAGACCUGUAGGCAAUGGAAAGCGACCAUCACCUAUGCGUCUUACAGAUGCUUCAAAUAGUAAUAACCGUAGUAAUGGUCAGAGGUUGGUAGAGCCUGUUGACGAGGACGCUGCUAACAAAAGCGAAAAACCCAUAACGACAAACAAAGAUGAAAGCUCCUCAAACGCAAUUACUCCGCUCAAUAUAGAUGUACAUGAGUUAUUCAAGAAGUUAGUUAAGGCUGGUAUAGUGCCGAGCACAGAACAUGAAAAAAAACCAGAACCUCCUGAACUAGAAAACUACAGCUGGGAGCGUUUUAAGAAUCCUUACGGUGUUGAGAUUGAUGAACUAUAUAGUGGUCACCAAUGUGGUCAGUGUGGUUUAAGGUUUCAAAGUGACCUCUCACCGGAGUUUGCAAAGCACCUUGAUUACCAUUAUAUGAAAAAUUCGAGUUAUAGCCAAGAACGACGCAGUCGUAAUUUCUAUCAAUCGCUUCAAUACUGGCUAAUUAGUGAAAUGACACGAGAGGGUGCCCCUCAAUUUGAGCCUGGAAGUCCGAUCCACGACUUGCAAGAGUACAAAUGCACGGCAUUCGCAGAUCCAUCUAAAAAUGUAUGUGCUGUAUGUUAUGAAAAUUUCGAAGUAGUUUGGGAUCAUGAAGAAGAGGAAUGGAUGCUACAAGAUGCUAUUCGAGUUGAUGACAAAGUAUAUCAUCCUAUUUGCCAAGAAGAUGCAGGAAAGGAAUUCUCAGUUGAAGAUGUAAAUUUCACUUAUUUUAAGUCAAUUUCAUUUUUUCAUAUUGAGCUACAUAAAAUUGUUUUUUGUUAAUACCCUUGAGAUACAUUUAACUAUGUAUAUGGAAAAGGUAAUUGUUAGUUAAACUUAUAAUCUAAUCUAGAUAUAUUAAUUGGAACAUUAUUUGGAGUCUUAUCACGUACAACAGGUCGGUAAAGGAGCGGUCAAACAAAAAGCGACGAACUCACAGUCCUAGAGCAAAUUCGUAUCAAUAACUGUGCAGAAGUGUAAUGGCAGUAAAGUUUUUCCACAAGACCGCCAGUAUCUUCAUCGAUUCUAAAUUUUCACAGCGGGAGUAAAGGGUCAGAAUAGGCCGGCCCUGAAAAUAGUAAAAUUCAUCUUACCCCAUAGGUUUCCAUAGCUGACGAUAAAGUUUAAACAGUACGAAGCUAACAUCUCAAUUUACUCACGAAAAGACCAUGUGUGUGAUCAACCUUAAAUAGUUAUCCCUUUGGGUAUACGGUCAUGCUUCUAGUUCAAAACCAUCUCUUACCAAGUUUGCUUUUCAAAUCCUUCAAAAAGUAACAUUUCAUAGUGUGUGCAAGAGGAAAGUGACAAGCACCCUCAUACGUCUAACAUCACUUGACUAGUAAAAGAUUCCCCAUUCAUCCUUGAAUUCUACAUAUUCGUAACUCCACGAAAUAUAUUCUCCCCAAAAUUGUACAUUUAGACAUUCUGAAGCUCUUAGGUCAAUCAACUUUUUACUAUUUGAUUGUGCAGUACAUAUUCUGUUUAUUAUUGUCUACUUUACGCAAUUAAUAUUUGGAUUUAUUGUAGGAAAAGAAAUUUCCCUCACCUGGUCCUAUUGAAAAUAAUCCAGAAUCAACUUCUUCAUUGGAAGGUGCUAAAGAAGAUGCCGGUGAUGAAAAUGCAUUUACUUGUGACGAUUUUUCAACGAAUACAGUUAUUCCUGGUCUUUCACCAUCCACUUCUCCACAACAAUGUGAUACAGAGAUGUUAGUGUUAAAAUCAGAACCUGAAUGUGAAUUCACUACAUCAGUAAAAACGGAGUCAAUUUUAUCAAACCCAACAAUUAGUGCAGAUCCUUUGGCUGCUUUGAAAGCUGUUUUAAAAGGUGAUAUAUCAUCACUUAGCGUACAACCUCAUUGAUCGUAGGACCAAUCCAUUUCUCAUGAUUGCAAUCAUACCUUUGUACAUAUACUACUAUACAGAUUUCUAUUCAUAUAAAAUUGUGUAUGAGCUUGUAAAUAUUUCAUACAAAUAAAUGGCACUAUUUUACAGUGUAGUAUGUUAUUAAAAAAUGCUCAUUGGUUUAUGAAAUAUAAUUCAUUUAUGAAAUAUGUAUAUCGUUCUUUUGUUUUGUAUUAUUUAAUAAAGUUUUGCUACCAGAUAACAGA